GCCGCAGUGGCCCGAUGAAUAGAUUGGAUGAUUGGAUGAGCCAGAACAGCUGGCCUGCCAAUUCCCACCGCUCCGGCCGCCGAAGCGGGUGACGUGACAAUCCGUCUGGCUCCGGCCUCCGCACCCCCCCCCCCCCCCCCUGCGAAACGGCGACGGGUCGAGGAGGACGCGAGGUUGCCCCCGUUCGUCGAUGGUUCGCCGCCGGCUCCAGGGCACAUGGACUCGUCCGACUCCUCGAACGAUCUCGUGUCGAAGAGCUCUCUGACGCUGGGGGAGCUAGCGUGCGCGGUGCUGCUCCCCGUGCUCGCCGUGGUCGACGCGGCCCUGCUCGCGGCCUCGAGGUGCUUCGAGAGGAGCCCGCCCAGGCUGCUUUCGGCUCUCGACGCAGGCGCGCGCCUCCGAGCUGGCGGACGCCUCACCUUCCGUGAGCUCGCCGAGCUCGCCGACGAGUCCCGCUGCUUCUCGGUGAACGAGGUGGAGGCGCUGUACGAGCUGUACAAGAAGAUCAGCUGCUCCAUCAUCAACGACGGCCUGAUCCAUAAGGAGGAGCUGCAGAUGGCAUUGUUCAAUGUGCCGUCUGGGGAAAAUCUUUUCCUAGAUAGAGUUUUUGAUCUUUUUGAUGAAAAGAAAAAUUCUGUUAUUGAAUUUGGAGAGUUUGUCCAUGCAAUAAGUGUGUUUCACCCAAACGCUCCUCUUGAAGAUAAAAUUGAUUUUUCAUUCAGAUUGUAUGACUUGAGGCAAACUGGUUUCAUUGAGCGUGAAGAGGUGAAACAGAUGGUGAAUGCUACCUUGAUGGAGUCACAGCUGGAGCUGACUGACGAUCUUGUGGAAGUGAUACUAGAUAAGACUUUCGAGGAAGUUGAUACUGAUAAGGACAGCAGGAUUAGCAGAUCGGAGUGGAAAGCUUUUGUGUUGCGGCACCCUUCUGUUAUAAAGAAGAUGACACUGCCGCACCUGAAGGACACCACAGCGGCAUUCCCCAGCUUCGUUUUCAAUACACAAGUUGAAGACUAGGGGUGAUACACAGUUGAUUGUACGGUAUUAUUAUGGAAGUCAGUACAGAAGAUGGAGAUGAGCAGUCGACGAAGAAAAAGAAAUGGGAGCUCUGAAGACGUGUGUUGCUCUCACAGCAAAGAUUGGUGGCUAUUGGAUAGCACCAAUACUGCUCCUGACCUGUCUCCGUCUCCAGUCGAGUAGAUCGGUGCGCAAGCAAGCUGCUGCUGGAGGAAUCAGCUUCCGUGCUCGCGGUUUGAUAAUGGGCACGCGUAUCACAUUUUUUUCAUUCCAUCGCUAUCGGCAUUGUUGUGAAUUGUGAAAAUCUGACAGCGACUGCUGCUAGAGGCAUUCCAUUUAUUGGAUUGGGGUACAUACCGUAGUUCUUUUUCCUUUUUUAUCUCAAUUUGGCAGGCCCAAAUUGUUCAAGAUUCAGUAUUUUAUUAUCAAGGCUAGUAGUAGCAGUAGUAGUUCCAAUAUGGUAUCUUUAAUGUAAGUAGGUGUUCCAAUGUGGUACUAUCUUUAAUGUAUUUUUUCUAGAAUGUUCCAGUAUGAUCUUCAGGCCAUCAUUCAUAUGAUUGGCUGAAAGCUUUCACGCUCAAACAA